UGUCCUUAAAAUACAGCUGUUGUAUGAGGGCUGUUUGAAGUAGCCCUGAUGGAUGUGCUGCUGAUGUAUACCAGGUUUCUUUGAGCUUCAGCUGCUUCUUGGCAGUAAUCUGGAGAUAAACUAAUCCAAUGUGGCAACCUGAUACAGGUACAGUAUAAAGGCAUUAUGUACUCAGAGUGGAGGUCCCUACAUCUUGUAAUCCAAAAUGAUAAGGGUCACACCAGUGUACUUCACAGCUAUCCUGACAGUGUGGGGAGAGAGGUGGCAAAUGCUGUUGUUCGUCCCCUUGGCCAAGUCUUGAAUGCACCAUCUACAGUUGGAAGUGAGAAUUUACUGAAAACAGACAAAGAAGUAAAAUGGACUAUGGAGGUUGUUUGCUAUGGACUGACCCUUCCUUUAGAUGGUGAAACUGUAAAGCACUGUGUUGAUGUAUAUACAGACUGGAUUAUGGCUCUGGUCUUACCUAAGGACUCCAUUCCUCCACCUGUUGUUAAAGAACCAAAUCUUUACGUUCAGAGCAUUCUCAAACAUCUACAAAAUCUCUUCGUACCAAGGCAGGAUCAAAGUUCCAGUCAGAUUAAACUAUGUUUGCAAGUUUUAAAAGCUGUCCAGAAAUUGGCCCGUGAGUCAACCACUAUGGCUAGAGAAACGUGGGAGAUUUUAUUAUUGUUUCUACUGCAGAUCAAUGAUACUCUACUGGCAGCUCCAACGGUGCAAGGUGGUAUUGCUGAGAAUUUAGCUGAGAAACUGAUUGGUGUGCUGUUUGAAGUUUGGUUACUAGCCUGUUCCCGGUGCUUUCCCACUCCACCUUACUGGAAAACUGCCAAGGAGAUGGUAGCUAACUGGAGGCAUCAUUCUGCAGUGGUGGAGCAGUGGAGCAAAGUAAUAUGUGCCCUUACUGCUAGAUUGCUGCGUUUUACGUAUGGACCUUCAUUUCCACCCUUUAAAAUUCCUGAUGAAGAUGCCAGUCUGAUUCCUCCUGAAAUGGAUAAUGAGUGCGUUGCCCAGACUUGGUUUCGCUUUUUACAUAUGCUAAGCAAUCCUGUGGAUUUGAGUAAUCCAGCGAUUAUAAGUUCUACGCCCAAAUUUCAGGAACAGUUUCUAAAUGUGAGUGGAAUGGCUCAGGAAUUGAAUCAGUACCCCUGCCUUAAACAUCUGCCUCAAAUAUUCUUUCGUGCUAUGCGUGGGAUCAGUUGCUUAGUGGAUGCAUUUCUAGGAAUUUCAAGGCCUCGAGCAGAUAGUGCUCCACCCACACCAGUGAAUAGAUUGAGCAUGCCCCAGACUACUGCUGUCAAUACAACUCCACCUCACAACCGAAGGCAUCGAGCUGUGACUGUGAAUAAGACAACAAUGAAAAAUAGCACAGCUAGUACUGCUCAUGCGUCCAAAGUACAACACCAGCCAUCCUCCACUUCUCCAUUAUCUAGCCCAAACCAGACCAGUUCUGAGCCUCGACCUCUCCCUGCUCCCCACAGGCCAAAGGUUAACAGUAUCUUGAACCUUUUUGGAUCAUGGCUAUUUGAUGCAGCAUUUGUUCACUGUAAGCUUCAUAACGGAAUAAACAGAGACAGCAGUAUGACUGCAUCUUUUAUCCAAAUUCUUCUUUCUUAUAAAUCUUCUAUAGCAACACAAGCUAAUGUGGAGUUUCGCCGGAAAGGAUCACAAAUGUCUGCAGAUACUAUGGCUUCCAAUCCCAUGUUUGAUGCAGGCGAAUUUUCGGACAACUAUGAAUCAGGCAGAGCAGAGGCAUGUGGAACUCUAUGUAGGAUAUUUUGUAGCAAGAAGACUGGGGAGGACAUACUACCAGCCUACUUAUCCCGAUUUUACAUGCUUUUAAUUCAGGGUCUGCAAAUAGCAGAUUCCAUUUGCCACCCCGUUCUGGCUAGUGUUAUUCUAAACUCUCCAGCGCUGUUCUGCUGUGACCUGAAAGGGAUUGAUGUCUUAGUUCCGUACUUCAUUUCAGCACUUGAAACUAUUUUACCUGACAGGGAACUCUCAAAAUUUAAAGCAUAUGUGAAUCCCACAGAACUAAGAAGAGCCUCUAUCAAUAUUUUACUCUCACUGUUACCUCUUCCACAUCAUUUUGGAACAAUAAAAUCAGAGGUUGUUCUGGAAGGAAAAUUCAGCAAUGAUGACAGUUCAUCGUAUGAUAAACCAGUCACCUUCUUGUCUUUGAAGCUGAGACUUGUGAAUAUACUAAUAGGAGCACUGCAGACAGAAACAGAUCCCAACAACACUCAGAUGAUAUUAGGUGCAAUGUUGAACAUCGUGCAAGAUUCAGCACUUCUAGAAGCUAUUGGUUGCCAGAUGGAGACAAAUGGUAGUGAAAAUACUGUCUUGAAAAGCCACAGUCGCACGAACAGUGGCAUUAGCACAGCAAGUGGAGGAAGCACAGAGCCCACUACUCCUGACAGUGAGAGACCAGCACAAGCUCUCCUAAGAGAUUAUGCUCUUCAUACAGAUACAGCAGCUGGACUCCUGAUUCGCAGCAUUCAUUUGGUAACCCAAAGGCUCAAUGCACAGUGGAGGCAGGAAAUGAGCAUCUCACUGGCUGCAUUAGAACUUCUUUCUGGUUUGGCAAAGGUAAAGGUUGGUGUUGAUUCUUCAGACAGGAAAAGAGCUAUUAGCUCUGUAUGCAGUUAUAUUGUAUACCAGUGUAGUCGUCCAGCUCCUCUUCAUUCCAGAGAUCUUCACUCCAUGAUAGUAGCAGCAUUUCAGUGUCUUUGUGUAUGGCUCACUGAACAUCCAGACAUGCUUGAGGAAAAGGAUUGUUUAAAAGAAGUGUUGGAGAUUGUGGAACUGGGCAUCUCAGGAAGUAAAUCCAGAAAUAGUGAACAAGAAGUCAAGUACAAAGGAGAUAAGGAGCCAAAUCCUGCUUCCAUGAGGGUAAAGGAUGCAGCUGAAGCUACUCUCACAUGCAUCAUGCAAAUACUUGGAGCUUUUCCUUCACCCAGUGGCCCUGCCUCCCCUUGCAGCUUGGUGAAUGAAAUCACCUUAAUUAAAUAUUCUCGUCUGCCUUCCAUAAACAAAUAUAGUUUUCGCUACUUUGUCCUGGACAACAGUGUCAUCCUUGCAAUGUUGGAGCAACCCCUAGGAAAUGAGCAAAAUGACUUUUUUCCUUCAGUCACAAUUCUGAUCCGUGGAAUGUCUGGAAGACAUGCAUGGGCCCAGCAGCUUUGCCUUUUGCCAAGAGGAGCCAAAGCUAAUCAAAAGAUGUUUGUCCCAGAACCUCGACCUACACCUAAAAAUGAUGUUGGAGUAAAAUAUAGUGUGAAACACCGCCCAUUUCCUGAGGAGGUGGACAAGAUCCCUUUUGUGAAAGCAGACCUGAGCAUUCCAGAUUUGCAUGAAAUAGUUACUGAGGAACUGGAGGAGCGGCAUGAGAAGCUGAGAAACGGUAUGGAUCAGCAAGUUCUUUAUGAGAAGUCUAUAGAUCAGCAGAUGGAGGAUGAAUGGAGAAGGAAGAAUUUCCCUGAUCCAGUUACAGAGUGUAAGCCACCACCUCCUGCACAGGAGUUCCAAACAGCACGCCUCUUCCUCUCUCACUUUGGAUUUCUGUCACUGGAAGCACUGAAGGAACCUGCUAACAGCAGACUACCUCCUCACCUGAUUGCACUUGAUUCUUCUCUACCUGGAUUUUUUGAUGACAUUGGUUACCUGGAUUUGCUACCAUGUCGUCCUUUUGAUACUGUUUUCAUCUUCUAUAUGAAAGCAGGCCAAAAAACAAGCCAAGAAAUUUUAAAGAAUGUGGAGUCUUCCAAAAACGUUCAACCACAUUUCUUAGAGUUCUUGCUUUCUCUUGGCUGGUCAAUUGAUGUGGGAAAGCACCCUGGAUGGACAGGGCAUGUUUCAACUAGUUGGUCCAUUAACAGCUUCUGUGACGAGGAGGGAUCUGAGCAGGAUGAAAUUAUUUCUUUAGAAGACUUUGGGGCAAGUAUCUUCAAUGGGCAAAAGAAAGCACUAUAUUAUGCAGAUGCUCUUACAGAAAUAGCUUUUGUCGUUCCUUCACCUGUGGAGUCCUUAACGGAUUCAUUGGAAAGCAAUGUCUCGGACCAGGAAAGUGACUCCAAUAUGGAUCUCCUACCUGGGAUAUUAAAGCAGCCAGCAUUGACACUUGAGCUCUUCCCCAAUCAUACAGACAAUAUCAGUUCAUCACAGAGGCUCAGUCCAACUUCCAGAUCAAAGAAGUUGCCACAGGGCCGAGCUGUUCCCCCACUGGGACCUGAAACCAAGGUGUAUGUGGUGUGGGUUGAACGUUAUGAUGAUAUAGAGAACUUCCCUCUCUCUGACUUGGUUUCAGAGACCAGCACUGGAGUAGAAACUACAACAAAUAGCAGCACCUCAUUGAGGUCCUCAACUCCUGAAAAAGAAGUUCCAGUUAUUUUCAUCCAUCCCCUAAACACUGGAUUAUUCAGGGUAAAAGUGCAAGGAGCUACUGGGAAAUUCAAUAUGGUCAUCCCAUUGGUGGAUGGGAUGAUAGUUAGCAGGAGAGCUUUAGGUUUCUUAGUGAGACAGACAGUAAUAAAUAUUUGUCGAAGAAAAAGGCUGGAAAGUGACUCGUACAAUCCCCCUCAUGUCCGUCGAAAACAGAAAAUUGCUGACAUUGUCAACAAAUACAGGAACAAACAGCUGGAGCCAGAGUUUUAUACCUCUCUUUUCCAGGAGGUUGGGCUCAAAAGCUGCAAUCCUUAGACCAAUAUUCUCCCUGAACAAUUAGAUCAGAGCUUGGUGUCUAUGAUAAUGCAAGAAAUCUUUCCCCUCUUGGAACUCCUGUGUAAGAAACCACAACUUGAGCAUGAAUUCUGCUUCUGCUGCAAGGAAGCAAUGUGGACUCAGUCUAGGCUCCCACCCUGCGAACUUUUUGAGUACAGCUGCACACACCAGUUGCUACAGAGGGACAAGCUUUUGCCAUCAAUUAUUAUUUGAUGAUAGACAAUAGACUGAAUGUGUAGCAGAGAGGCCUACACAUGGUGUACUUCUCACAAUUUUCCACAUUCACAUAUAAUGCCAGAUACUGUGUAUAGAACUAACAACUGAAGUUCCAUACUUGGUUUCACUAGCAGGUUAGGCUCAAGUGCAGAUUUCUCCAGAGACCUUGCAAUGCCUUUUUUUUUUUUUGGGGGGGGGGGAGGGGGGGAGGGUUGACUUGCUUUUCCACUUAGAAGCAAACUUGGUACCAGAUUUUGUUGAGCCCAAAGCCAGAGAUCUCCAGUUGGCUCUUUCUUUUCUUCCUCCUCUAGAUCCAAGGUGAAUGUACCAUGCACCUGUUGCUCAAAGUAUAUUUUACUUUUGUAAUUUGCUAUGCCUUCAGCCUGCUGUUGGCCUGUCUGGAGUAAAACUCCUGAGCUGUUUGUGAGGGGAAGAGGGGGAGGAGCAUGGCUAUGUGCUUGACAUCCCACUGUCAUUUUUAGACAAAGAUGUAAAGCCCCUUUGUGGAAAUGAGGAAUAUGUCUGUCUUGCCUUAUAGAUGGAAAACUUGCUACAAAUAGCUUUAUUACGAAACCUGAAUGAGAGAUUUAUGAAGUGUAAAUGCUAUUUGCAGAAGGGAACAAGUUCUACAUUUCAAAUUCUACAUUUUAUACUUUCAUUACAAAAAGGCAGACUUUGUUUUAAAACUGAGUACAAGACAUUGCUAUGUACUGUUGCUGGAAGCGGUGAACUAUCUAAGUUAAAUGUCAGGUCAUAAAUUUGUUCUUGAAUUUAUCUGCUAAGUAUGUGCCCCAUCAUGUACUUCGGCAUUACUACACCUGUUGGAAAUGAAUUUUAUUUUAUCCCAAGUUUACAAGUAUAUUUGGCUGGAACUAGACAUUACAAAAGAUCCAUUGCUUCCGCAGUAAUCAGCUGGCAGUGUUGUUAUAUGUGCACACACUACUGCCAAGUAACUCUUAGUAAUACAAAACAUCUGAUGUAACAUUGCUGCAAGUCCCUCUGAUCUCACUUAAUUUCAUUGGCUGCUGCAUUGUCUAUUACUAGACAUUACUGAGAGGCAAAGGGAAAAAAGAUACUGGACUGCUUUUUCAGUGGUGGCACUUAUUAGUCUACUGUCAUGUCUAGUUCUGAUGCUAGACAGAGAAAUCUGCAUGUGGCUUUAAGAAAGAAAUUGUUAGACAAUUGAGUUUUCUUGCUGCUAAUACUUAAAUGUAGGUCAGAUCACUGUUGCUGAUUAGAACUUUCUGCAUCUGAUAAAAGAAUUUGCAAAUCAGCCUACACAUUUUGCAAAUGAAGAUAAUUGCCUCUGAAACAAAAUUGAGGGGGGUUCAAAAAUGGCCAUUUGUAUUUGUGGAAAUAUAAAAUUAGUCCUAAGUAUAUGUAUUUAGAAAUAAAUCCUGUUUAUCUCAAUAGAAUAUGAUUCCAGUUAAGCAUAUAGUAAGGUAUGUAGGGCAGCAAGAAUUACAUUCGCAACUCAGAUUGAUGCUUUUGUCUGUGAUUUUUUUUUAAACCAUCAGCCAUAUGAUGCAUGGCAGUCAAAACCACUUUGAUGAAUCUGGGAGGGUGAUUCAGCCUCCUGCAGCCCCCCCCCCAAUCCCAUAUGCCCCCAAGAUGUGUUCUGAAGAGCUGGGGAGCCCUCUGGGGCAGGUUUUGGGUAGUUCAGAAGGCUUAAGUGGGGAAGAGAGGUCCUAUCAUGCUUGCAAACCUCCUCUGGUUCAAUAUUGGAUUCAACCCUCAACUUCUAAUAUUUAAUAUGCCUUUGCAGAAUUAAUGCAUCUGCAGGUGACUUGCAAUUGACCAUGCAGUAUUCUUUGCUUUAAUGCAUUAAUUUCUGUUAUGGUAACAUGCACAGCCUGCCUUUCUUCAAUGGGCAAGCCAUUUUGUUUUCUGCAGCAAGUGAACCUCUCUCUAAAUGGUAGUGAACACAGGUUAUUGGGUCUCUCCUUUGUCUAAAAUAAUGAAUAUGGUAUAUUUGGUUUUCAUGCCCAGGUAGGCAUAUAGCAUAGAAUGUGAAUGUCAACCCUGUUGCUCUUUAUGACCAUUUUAAAGUGUUUUGCAAAACAGUUAAAGUUUUUUCCCUAAACGUUGAUAUACAAGGAGGUAACUGAGAGCAGUAAGCAAACUAGAUCAGUAGAAAGUGCAAAAGGUUAUAUUUUGAAAGGUUAGGAUGCCAGGGAAAAGCAAUUUUGAAAUUAGCUGUGGUAUUUCAUUAUUUUCUUUCAUAUGGCUGAAUCAUACUAAAGAAGCUAGUGACGAUAUGUGGAGUAGUUUGUGAACAAGAGCUCCACAAGAAACUGGAAAUUUUAGUAUCUUAAGAAGGAUUUCCAGUGAGUAUAUCUGUAUUAAAAUUACUCUUUGCAGCAUUACUGGCUUCUUCACUCAUGAAAUAAAAAGUCUGUCCUUACACAACAACUGAGAUACUUUUUGUUCAUAAAAGUUAUCACUGUGGCCUUUUUGAAGAGGAAAGUGACUCGUAUGAAGCAACCUAAAUUAGGGCUUUGGAUUUCUUAGAGAAGUUUGAGCAACUGAUGUUUUCUUUACACUGAUCUAGCAUGCUAAUAAAUAUCAGCUAUAGGUGCAGAUCCAGUUGCCAGUAUUUUGAAAAUAAGUGCAUGUAACAAGGCCCCUCCAAAUAUCUGGCAUAUUUGGUGGUUCUGCUUAAUACACACACAGGAGUGGCAAAUAGCACUGCCAGCAAGGAUCCAGACUUGUCUUCAUACUGGACAUCUGCUAGUAUUAGAUUAGCACAGCCUUUUUCAUCCUGGUGCCCUUCAGAUAUUCUGGAUCUCAGCACCCCUCAGCCACAGACAAUGUAGCCAGUGGUAAGGAAUGCUUGGGGUUGUAAUCCCAAACAGCUAGAGGGCACCAAAUUGGGGAAGGCUAACCUGGAAGAUGAGCACCUCCCUUAACUGUACACUCCCUUAGGUACUGUUCAGCUCUGUAAGAUGACCUGUCACAUCUAGUCCAUGAAAUAAAUAGCAUGACAAAUGCAUGAGUACCAAAAAAAUGGCUAAGCAAUUGGGUAUCUGCAUAUAAAAAUAAGUUGUAAGCAUAGUUACAUUGUUUGAACCAUAUAUGUACUUGGGCAAAGCCAGUAAUUUGUAUUAUGGCUAAUGACUUACCAAACCUUCACUUUUACUUACAAAGGUGGGAAAGAAAGCAAUUAAACCUACAGCUGUUCUUGAACAGGUUAGAAGCAUGGUCAGCUUUGGUAAUCAGGACUUUAAAUCAAUCGCUUUAAUUAUAUCCUUCCAAGCUUAAAAGUCUGUUCUCCAGUAAAUUUUAGUUUAUUUAACUCUGCCAUGAAUCUACAAGAAUUGCUUGUACUGUAAAGUUUUUUCCUCUUUCUUUCCUCCAGGAGAUUGUGUCCAUUAUGCAUGUCUGUAUUUAUCCCCAGAACUUGACGGGACUUCAUAAUUUGCUUGAAACAGCCUUAAUUUAGUUAAUAUUUUUAAAGGUCUCAAAACAGACAUGCUGUCUUGAAUCCACUUGACACGUAAUAAGUGCACCUGACUUGUGCUUACCAGCACACGAGUGUACUCAGUGUUGAGGCCUAAUUUUGCAUGAAUUACUGUUGUUAUUAGCAGAAUAAAAAAUGCUACAUAGGGAAAUGCAGCAGUGACCCCACCAAACUGCACUGAGCAAUUCAUGGAAAUAUGUAAGGGCUCACUUUCACUGUGUUCUCCCAGAUGUUGCAUAAGAUGUGGUCCUUCUGUUGUUUGUACAGAUACUGGUUGUCUGUUUUUUGUAUAUGUGUAAAAGAGAAGGCUUCCAAAUGCACUGAUAAAUUUCUGUCACCUGUGCGUAGCUGUUGACUGACUGCAAUAAAAUGUUCUAUCUAGACCUCUCUAAAGAUGGUUGCAUUUGAAAACAAAAUGGUUCUGUUAGCUCAAAUGAGACAUUAGACUUGAUUGUACAUAAAGGAACCAUUGGGAUAAACUUUACAUUUCCAACUUUCAUUUCAAUAACAUCCAACAGGAUAUUUAAAAGAACAGACAUUUGUAGAACAGACUUUCUUACAAUUUAUGCUGCUUGUUUCCUAUUACCAUUUUAUUUGGUUUUCUUUAUUAUGGACUGUUUAUUUUCAUUCUAAUCUCUUGAAGAGAUACAAUAUUAGGGCUACAAAUAUUUACCUAGUCUGUUUCUAUUGUAAAGGUGUUAUGCUCACAGUCCUCUUAAUAGGGCAUUAUGGUAAUAUAAAUCAAGACAGUUAAAUAUCCUCUUCACAACACUUCAGUAGGAAAAUUCCACUUUUAGUACCUUUUUAAUAAAGAGUUCCAUUUAAGAAACAUAAAUCACCUUUCCUAAGGAGGUCCUUCAAGGAUAUUUUAAUAUAAAGCAAAGGAUCAAACAGGGAAGAGACUGUAGGAAAGCAUGUCUGACAAAGUAAUUAUUUUGUAUGUGAGGCAAUUGUAAAGCAACUAUAAAAAGAAACAAAAAAGUUGUCUCCUAAUCCUCAUCCUGAGGUGAUAGGAGUGCUUUGAGGAUUGGACUGCCUGUUAUUUGUAGUCACCUCCAGCAAGGAGGUAUACAGUUGUCAUGAUGUAUUUGAGAUGCUCAGUCUAGGAGAAUUAUAGGACUGCAACAUAAAUCAUGAGCAAAAAUAUAACUUUUAUGGUUGUACAAUUGUUAAAAGGUAUCUUUGAAGGACAUCAGGAUUCUUGCAGGAGUGCUUGGAAGGAGAUGGACAGAUACCAUGUGCUUACAAAUCAUGUACAAUUGUGUAUAAAGUUCUGUAUGUUGCCAAGACAUGACCUUUUUGUUCUUACUGUAUUUUCUGUAAAUAUUCCUACCACUAAGUUGUAAAGACAGACUGUAAAUACAAAGAUGUGAAGCUAUGUUCCUCUGUCUCUCUACUUUAUCUCUUGUUUAAGGAAGGCACAAAGGCUUGUUUGUAUUUAUGCCAACUCUUUGUCCAGAAGAAACACAUCAAAUACUGAAUGUAACACAAUUAGUCAAAUAAAUUUUAAAGAUAUUCUUCUGUA